AUUCGAAUAUCUUAGGCAUUAAAAAAAAAUCACACAGUUAUGAAUUUUAAAAAUGUUAUAUUUUUUUUAUAUUUGUUUGUUCAUUUAUAUACAGCAAAUGCAGGAAUUUGCGAAGAUCCGUCGGAACUAGCCAGACUUUAUGAAAGAAUUGAAGAUGAAAACCGAGUUGGUUGUAAAGAUGCAGCAAGUUAUUACUUAAUGAAACUAUUAUACUUCGCCACUUAUCCACUAGCUGAUAGUUUGGAAGAACCUCACCGAACCGGAGGUGUUACCAAGGCUACAAUAUGGGAGUACAUAAGUGAACCAAACGCGCGCAAGGAUUUUGGAAUUUCAGAGUCGGAUGAACGAAAGAUACUUGAUACCGUGUGGGAGGAAGAAAUGUCGAAAAAGAAAUUUAUUAGAUUAAUAACAAUAAAAGCAAAACUUACUUAUGAGCAACUCGCCAAAAUUUAUACUGACGUAUUUCGUGAAAGUAAAAAAAAAAUUGAAAUUAGAGGCCAUAAAGUCUGGUCAUUCGGUAAAGUUGACAAGAAAAGAGUUAAGAAGUACUUGAUAAGGGAAAAAAAUCAAUAUAAUCUAAGUGAAAAUGAUGUCGAAAAUAUAACUGCACCAUUGAGGGAUUGUGAUAUGGGGUGGCACACAUUUUAUAGAUUAAUAAUUUAAAAAAUAAUGUAAACGCUACAACGUCAGCCGGUGGUGGAUUUAAACAUU